UCCACUUUCAACCCUUACACACAGCCUAUCACCUUUUACAAGGCUGAUGGUGUCACUACUGUCACCGUUUUGCUUUCCGACAUCAACGCCGGCAAUUUCUACAAUACGGCAUGCAGCAUCAACUACAGUGCCCAGAUGGGUGCUUGCUUCGUCAUGUUCUUUGUUGUCUUCGUUCUCACCAAGGAAUCAAAGCGCCGUUCUGCUAUUUUCAUUCUCAAUAUUCUGUCCCUCCUCCUUGGUUUCCUUCGAGCUUUGCUUCUCGCACUCUACUUCGUCGGUCCUUGGUCCAAUAUCUAUCCAUCGUACUCUCUCGAUUUCAGCUACAUCCCAAGAUCUGCAUAUGCUACUAGCAUCGCUGGCGUUGUCAUUCCUCUUCUCAUGACGACCACGGUCAACAUGUCUCUUAUUCUCCAGGCCUACAUCGUGUGCAAGAAUAUGAGCACCGUCUACCGGCACAUUGUUGUUGGACUCUCAUGCAGUGUAUUCUUACUUGCUGUUGGGUUCCGUUUUGCCGAAAUGGUCACCAACUCGAUAUCGAUCAUGUCAAGCGAAUCUUACUACGCCAAGGAGUGGAUCCAAACUGGAACUUUGGCAACCGAGACCAGCUCGAUCUGGUUCUUUUCCAUUAUAUUCACCGGAAAGCUCGUGUGGACUCUGGUCACCCGUAGGAUUAUGGGCUGGAAGCAGUGGAGUGGUGUACGAAUCCUUGCUGCAAUGGGUGGCUGUACCAUGGUCAUUCCUGCAAUCUUCGCGAUUCUCGAAUAUGUGACGGUUGACUCCUUCCCCGAAGCUGGCACUCUUGCAGUCACUAUGGUUGCUCUCUUGCUUCCCCUCUCCUCUCUGUGGGCCAGUAUGGCCAUCGAUCAAGAGGCAUCGACUCUGAACCUCUCACAACUC